CCUGCCCCGCCCGGAGGGAGGGGCCGCCCGCGCAGCGCGGGGUCCUGCGUAGCCGGCCGGGGACUCAGAGGCCGCCGCCGCGCACCCGGAGCCUGCACCUCCGCCCCCUCCCGCGCCUUCUCCACCCUCCCGGGACCCGCGGCCACCCCGGCCCACCUGGCCCCCCCGCGGGACGUCUCCAGGUACCCCGCGUGGUGCCUCUCAGGAUCCCGGGCGCGCAGCGCGGCCCCCGGAGCUCCAGCCCACCCCUCCUACCUCGCGCGGGGUUCCCAAGCCUCUCCGGGCCCCAGACCCCCUCCCGUAGGUCCCCAGAGCGGCCCUGGGCAGACCCCCUCGAGCCCCGCGGGCAUGAUCCGCCUCCUGGCACUGCUGCUCCCACUGCUGCCGCCGUCGCCGGUGAGCGCCCCGGAGCCCUCCGCGCAGGACGUGAGCCUGGGAGUGGACUGGCUGACCCGCUAUGGCUAUCUGCCACCACCUCACCCUGCCCAAGCCCAGCUGCAGAGCCCUGCAAAGCUGAGGGAUGCUAUCAAGGUCAUGCAGAGGUUUGCUGGCCUACCUGAGACAGGCAUCCUGGACCGCGUGACGAUGGCCACCAUGCAGAGGCCCCGCUGCUCCUUGCCCGAUGUGCUGGGGGUGGCCGAGCUGGUCAGGCGCCGCCGGCGCCGGCGCCGAUACGCUCUGAGCAGCAGCAAGUGGGAGAAGCGAACCCUAACGUGGAGGGUUCGCUCUUUCCCCCAGAGCUCAGCACUGACCGCGGAGACAGUGCGGACCCUCAUGCACCAUGCCCUGAGCACCUGGGGCAUUGAGUCAGGCCUCAGAUUCCAGGAGCUGGUUUCUCAGGACCCAACAGAACCCGACAUCCUCAUCGACUUCGCCCGGGCAUAUCACCAGGACAGUUAUCCCUUCGACGGGCAGGGAGGUACCCUCGCCCACGCCUUCUUCCCCGGGGAGCAUCCCAUCUCUGGGGACACUCAUUUUGAUGAUGAGGAGACCUGGACUUACGGCUCAAAAGAUGGCGAGGGGACUGACCUGUUCGCUGUGGCUGUCCAUGAGUUUGGCCACGCUCUGGGCCUGGGCCACUCCUCAGCACCCAACUCGAUUAUGAGGCCCUUCUACCAGGGCCCGGUUGGCGAACCCCACAAGUACCGCCUGUCCCAGGACGACCGCGAAGGCCUGCAGCAGCUCUACGGGAAGGUGCCCGAAACCCCCUACGAUAAGCCCACAAGGAAACCCCUGGCCCCUGCUCCCCCGCCCCCUGCCCUGCCCCCGGACAGCCCCUCUCUUCCCGUCCCCGACCGAUGUGACGGCAAUUUCGAUGCCAUUGCUAACAUCCGCGGUGAGAUAUUCUUCUUCAAAGGUCCCUGGUUCUGGCGCCUGCAGCCCUCGGGCCAGCUGGUGUCCCCCCGGCCCGCGCGGCUCCAUCGCUUCUGGGAGGGGCUGCCCGCGGAGGUGAAGGUCAUCCAGGCCGCCUAUGCCAGGCAUCCCGACGGCCGCAUCCUGCUGUUCAGCGGCCCCCAGUUCUGGGUGUUCCAAGACCGGCAGCUGGAGGGCGCCCCGCGGCCGCUCACCGAGCUGGGGCUGCCGGCGGGAGAGGAGGUGGACGCCGUGUUCUCGUGGCCGCUGAACGGGAAGACCUACCUGAUCCGGGGCGGGCGCUACUGGCGCUACGACGAGGCGGCGGCGCGCCCAGACCCCGGCUACCCGCGCGACCUGAGUCUUUGGGAAGGGGCUCCUCACGCCCCGGACGAUGUCAGCGUCAGCAACGCAGGUGACACGUACUUCUUCAAGGGCGCCCACUACUGGCGUUUUCCCAAGGGCAGCGUCAAGGCCGAUCCUGACUCCCCCCAGCCCAUGGGCCCCAAGUGGCUGGACUGCCCGGCCCCCAGCGCCCGUCCACAUUCCCCCCAGCCCCCCAGGGCGACCCUGGAACCGGGGACCUGCGAUUGCUCUUGCGAAAUCAAUGAGGCCUCAGGGAGGCCGUCGCUGUCCUUCCUGCUGUCCCUUUUGGCCCUGCUGGUGGGGGGCGUCGCCUCCCCUUAAGGGGGACGGGUCUCCCACCGCGGGUCUGUGUUUAGGGGGGUGGUCCUGAGUCGCUGCGGAGGUGCAUCCUCUCUUCCCAGGGGCGGGACUCUGCAGGGACGCAGAUGGGAGCAUGUGGGUGGAGCUAAGCCUUGGAAACUGGGGAGAAAGAGCUGGCGCUUAGACUGGGCAGGUCAGGUGACCGGAGUCGCCUCCCUUGCCCCACCCGCGCGGUUGCGGGGGUACCAGUGCGCGCUCCUCCCGCCGGACGCUCCUUUUCCCGGAAUAGCUGGUAUUUCUUAGAGCGCAGCCGCCGCGGAGGGACGCCUUAACCACCCCCUUCAGGACGACAGCGGCUCUUAGGAGCAGCUCUGGGCUGUUCGGGCUUUGGAGGAACGGCCUGACUGGGAAACUGAACCCCUGCCUCUGUCUCCACCCGCUGCUCGGAGUUUCCCAGGAAUGUCCCACUCUGUCCCGCUUCCAAGACACUGGUCAAUGCCACAGGAUUGGAGACCCCAGACCCAGCCCUGAAACUACCCCUGAGCACACGUAGGUGUGUCUUGGGUGACAUCAGUGGCCACCCAGGCGACCCUCCACAACGUAGGCCCCAUGCACCUGCUUUCUGGUCACCACUCUGUACCCAGUACUGUCCCCGCUCAACAGAACACCCUCCUAGCCCUACAAAUCCUCUCCGUGCCUCCACACCAGAGUGUCUGCCGCUUCCCUCAAGGAGAACUCUGGGAUUCUCCUCAGCUCUGUGCGGUGUGGAUUUAGCUCCCCUCAGUCCAGGGCACUGCUUCCUCAGCACCUCUGGGUGAUAAGUGGGUGGGCCACCUCACUCACCCUCGCAGGACUCCCCGCAGAAUUCAGGACCUAAAUCAGUGCCUCUGGAGCUAUACUUCUAGAAUAUUCUACAUCAGAAUCACCUGGGGAACUUAAAAAUGCAGACUUCAAAACAAAAACAAAAACCUACAGAAUUCAGGGUCUAAAUCAGUGCCUCUGGAACUAUACUUCUGGAAUAUUGCACAUCAAAAUCACCUGGGGAACUUAAAAACACAGACCUCAAAAAACAAAUGAAACGAACAAAAACAAACUUGCAGACCUCACACCCUCAUCCUGAAUGGGGGUGAGAGCAAAAGUCUGCAUUUGAGUAAGCUUGGGGGUGGGCAAGGGAGCUGGGACAGCAGCUGGGAACCCUGUCCGGUGGUUUUCCUGUGUCUCUGCCAUGUUCUCCCUCCUAGGGGCCAAGCUCUUGACAUUCCCAGAGAGUCAGAUUGAUGGCCCUGGUCUAUCGGUGGGGGUACUUAGGCACCAUUCUUGGGAUGCCGUCCAGCCCACAGGGCUGCCUGGGGUGGGGACUGAGGGUGGAAAUCCCAGAAUGCAGGGAAGUUGCCUGCCUGUCAGUCAGUCAGGGGGGGGGGGGUCGUGGGCUGCCACAAGCCGACCAGUAGGAAGGCAACAACCAGAGGUCUUCAACCAGUCCAUGACCUGGAUCCUAAGCUGCCGGAAAUCCAGAAAUCCGGGCCUCUGUCAGGAUCCUUUCAAAAGAGGUGGAGGAGGAAACUUGUAUUUUAAGAUCUUACAAGCCCCAUACAGGAGGACAAAGAAAAUGAAAGCCCUUCUUUGCUUCUGAGCACAGAGGGACCUGGCAGGAGUUUGGCCACAAGAGCUUGAUAGACCUGAAUCUCACUCUGUUUUGUAGACGAAGGUGGGGUUCAGAGUUGAUGGGCAGUGGGGCGGCAGAUGGAGAGGGAAUGAGUGGGAGAAGAAAGCAGAGAGGGGAACCCAAAAGUCGGCCAGGGGAGCUCAGAGGAUCAGCGGCCAAGGUGAAAUCUGUGCUAUCAUUGCUCCGUGGAAACUUCUCUAGUUUUUAAAAAUGUAUUAAGUAUACUUCAGGAAAAUGCCACGUCAAAUUAUUAGUUUUAUUUAUUUUUUAAUGGCGUGGUCCCAUCUGUGCUUCAAAGGACACCAUAAGGAAUGAAAAGACCACCCACAAAAUGGGAGACCGCAUUUGCAAAGGACAUAUAUGAAAAGAGACUUGUAUUGGGAAUAUAUAACAUACUCUUACAAUGUCAUUACAAGAAGGUUAACAACCCCGUUUAAAAAGGGGC